AAAAACAUUUUCUAAAAAUUAAAAGAACGGAAGAUAUAAUUGGUGAUAAAGAGCUUUAUCAAAGAAUAGCUUACAUACCAAAUAUGUUUAACACAAAUUUGGUCGGUGUUGUACGGUGGAUGGAUGGUUUGGACAUUCGAUUUAGACAUGAAGCUGAAAAAAUUCGUGAUAUACAUUCAAGGCCGAGUAACGAGAUGAUGAAUGAAAUGAUUCAAAUCGAAAUUAGCCAAUCUCCUAAUGAGGGUGAACCAAGUCACAAUCCUAGAAAAUUUUAA